AUGUCCUUGAAGCGACAGGGAUGUAUGUGAAAGUGAGUGUUGACGGAGCUCCUUAUCUUAGGAAGAUUGAUCUCAAGGUUUACAAAAGCUAUCCUCAACUCCUAGAGGCUUUGGAAAAAAUGUUCAAGCUCACCAUUGGUGCAUACUCGGAGAGGGAAGGGUACGAUGGAUCUGAUUAUGCUCCUACUUAUGAAGAUAAAGAUGGUGAUUGGAUGCUUGUUGGAGAUGUUCCAUGGGAAAUGUUCAUUUGCUCUUGCAAGAGACUGAGAAUCAUGAAGGGAUCAGAAUAUAAGAAUACUUAAAGAUGGAAAUCUUCACCC